AUGGCCCGCCAGUCCAGUAUUGACCUCGACUCGCCCGAUCGACCCUUUGAUAACAUCAUCAACUUCCGUGACGUCGGCAGAACCAUAAACCAGUUCUGCGGUUCCUCUAUCUUAAAAGAGGGCGUCUUAUUCCGAAGUGCAAGACUCGACGAUGCCUCCGAACGAGAUAAGCGCCGACUGGCCGAGGAACUACACAUCAAAACAGUGAUUGAUCUACGAUCCCAGUAUGACCACCCAGAUUACAAGAUACACUGCUUCGCCGAACUAAUCCUCAUGUGCUUUCCCCACAGAACAGAACACCAAAUGGCAACCCGCAAACGACGCGCUGAAAACGCCGCCUCCACGGAAGACACACACGAUGGCCCCAAUAACAACGACUUCGCACAUUCAUCUGUCCCGCUCGAUGCGGAAGAACACCUCCUCCAAAUCCCAGACUCACACCGCGCCCUGAUCAGUCUAACCGGCAAGGGAUUUGAGCGGGCAUUAUUAUCCAAACUGGAUUGGAUGACAUAUAUAAAAGUCCUCGGCCUCGCCGUAUCAGGCUACCGCCCCGACGCUGUCCGUCUAAUCGGCGAACAAGUAAUGCAACCCCGCGGUCUAACCGGUCUAGCCCAAGACACCCUCUCAUCCAGCUCAGCCGAGAUCCGCACCGUCUUCGAGCUUCUUGCCCGCGAAGACACCUACCCCGUCCUAGUACACUGUACGCAGGGGAAAGACCGGACGGGUCUGAUAAUUCUUCUCACAUUACUGCUCGCGGGCGAGCCAGGGUCAGAAUCAGCGGUUCCAGUACCCGCUCUCACGGACGACUAUGUUCGUUCCGAACUGGAGCUAGUGCCCGAAUUCGAGGAACGCAUGAAGGAAAUUCGGGCGCUGGGUCUUGGGGAAGAUUAUACGCGAUGUCCGCCAGGUUUUGUCGAUGCUACGAUGAAAUAUUUACAGGAUAAAUAUGGGGGUGUAAGGGGGUAUUUGGCUGGUGUGGGGAUUAAUGAUGAUAUGCAGGGACUUAUUCGACAGAAGAUUUUGGCUUAG